UUCAAAAAAAACUCAAACAUCUUCUCUUCUCUUCUCACUAUCACUAAACAAACACAUAUAGAUUCAUUAGGGUUUCCAAUGAAUCCAUCUCUUCCGUUACUCCUCCUCCUCCUCCUCACCUCAAUCCCACACACAACAUCUCAAUCCAACACCACAGACUCCGAUCUAUGCAACGGCGUCUUCGUCACCUACACACACACCAAAGGAUCCAAGAUCCCGCCCAACGACUCCUCGAACCAACCCUACCGGUUCGAAUCCGUGGUGACAGUGCUCAACAACGGCCGCGACGAGCUCAAAUCGUGGCGCGUGUUCGUCGGAUUCUCCCACCGCGAGAUCCUCGUCUCCGCUUCCAACGCCGUCCUCUCCGACGGCUCCAGCUUGCCGCUGAGCGUGGAGAACGGCACCGUUUUGGCGGGGUAUCCUUCGUCGGACUUGAAGUCGGCGAUUCAGACGGCGGGUGAUGUGGCUCAGAUGCAGGCGAGUGUGGAGCUUGUUGGGACGCAGUUCGGUGUUGCGCCGCCUAAUGUGCCUCUUCCGAAGAAUAUUUCUUUGGUUACUGAUGGGUGGAAGUGUCCUAAAGCCACUCAGAAAGGUAAAAAUGUUUUGCAAGUGUGUUGCAUGCCGGAUCCAGACUUUAAUAACACAGAGAUCAUUGAUGACAAGUUCCUUCCCCGGAAAAAUGGAGAUCUCACUAUCAUGUACGAUGUGAUCAGAUCAUAUGCAUCGAAUUACAUGGCACAAGUGACAAUGGAGAACCAUAGCCCGCUUGGCAGGCUAGAUAACUGGAAGCUGAGUUUUGACUGGAUGCGUGACGAGUUUAUCGACACCAUGACAGGGGCUUACCCGAGUCUUGUUGACUCAUCUGACUGUAUUGAUGGCCCACAAGCCAAGUACUAUCAAGCUCUUGACUUCUCCAACGUGUUAAGCUGUGCAAGACGGCCAACCAUCAUAGAUCUCCCUCUUACGAAGUAUAAUGAUUCUGUCGUCGGGUUUAAACCAUAUUGCUGCAGAAACGGGACUAUUCUGCCGAAGUCCAUGGAUCCUAGCAAGUCCAUCUCAGCUUUCCAGAUGCAGGUUUACAAAAUGCCUCCGGAUCUUAACAUCUCUGCUCUUUCACCUCCUCAGAACUGGCGUAUCAGUGGUUCACUUAACCCGGAUUACAAGUGUGGCCCUCCUGUUCGAGUAAGCCCGAGCCAGUUCGUUGAUCCCAGUGGACUACCAUCAAACAAGACAGCUUUUGCGAGCUGGCAAGUGGUCUGCAACAUCACUCAACAGAAAGCCACGAGUCCUAGGUGUUGUGUAUCGUUCUCUGCCUACUUUAACGACUCAAUCAUCCCGUGCAAGACUUGCGCUUGUGGGUGUUCUAGCAACAAAGCAUCUCGCACUUGUAGCACAACAUCCCCAGCGCUUCUUCUACCACAGCAAGCUCUUCUGGUCCCAUUUGAGAACCGAACUGAACUCACCCUAGCUUGGUCUUAUCUAAAACAUCGUCCUGUCCCAAACCCAAUGCCUUGUGGGGACAACUGUGGAGUUAGCAUCAACUGGCAUCUGGCUACAGACUACCGAGGAGGAUGGACAGCGCGUGUCACAGUCUUUAACUGGGGAGAAACAAACUUUGCAGAUUGGUUCACAGCUGUUCAGAUGAAAAGAGCUGCACCAGGUUUCGAGAAAGCUUACUCGUUCAACGCAACUGCACUUGAUAUCAACGGGGAGAACAAUACUAUUUUCAUGGAAGGUCUUCCUGGCUUAAACUAUCUUGUAGCGGAAAGAGACGGAGACAAUCCUUUAAAGAACCCUCGUGUUCCCGGGAAACAACAGUCUGUUAUUUCCUUCACCAAGAAGCUGACUCCUGGGAUCAAUGUCCCUGGUGGAGAUGGCUUCCCUAACAAAGUGUUCUUCAACGGUGAGGAGUGCUCGCUACCAUCUAUACUCCCAACGAGCAACAGCAACAAACGGAGACACAUCUCUGCUAUUCUCUUAGCGUUACCGGUUUUGGCACUCUUGAUUUUGCGCGUGUAGGUAGUUGCACUGAAGCCUUCCCAUACGUGUUGGUGGAUACAGUCUCUUGAAUGUUUCAUGGUUUACCAGAUAACCAGUCAGUUCCCAAGGGUUCCCUGGUGGAGAAUCAAUCAAUUCUUUUAUCAGCAAUCUAUGAUGAGUAUUGGAAGAAGCUUUUAUAUAGGUAACACUAUGAACUGAAGAUAUGUUUACAAGUCUCUUGUAUUGUUUUCUGAUUUGUAAUCACUAAGAUGUGUUGUGUAUACUCUUUUUGUUACUCUUUCUAAGUCAUUGAUAUCCUCCUCCAAACCGGUACUCGUUUAAGCUCACAAAUAACCGAACCAAACCAGUUCUCUCUUACAUAAAAAGC